GCAGCAGCACCCAAAGGCCUUCCGGCCUUCUUUCCUGACUUCCUCCGCGUUCUCCCCUUCAUCUCGCACUGCUAUGGCUCCUCUUCUCCUCGCUGUCCUAGCGCUCCACCUUGCCGCCGCCGGGGUCUCCGCCGCGUCGAGCGUCCCCGGUUCUGGCCCUUUCGACCCCUCCCGCAUCGUCCAGCUCUCGUGGCGACCCAGGGCGUUCCUCCUCAAGGGAUUCCUGUCGGACGCGGAAUGCGACCACAUGAUCGAGCUGGCGAAGGAUAAGCUUGAGAAGUCUAUGGUGGCGGACAACGAAUCCGGUAAGAGCGUCCAGAGCGAGGUGCGGACCAGCUCUGGCAUGUUCCUGGAGAAGAAGCAGGAUGAAGUAGUAGCAAGGAUAGAGGAGAGAAUUGCUGCUUGGACUUUCCUUCCAUCAGAGAAUGGCGAGUCCAUUCAAAUAUUACAUUAUGAGAAUGGCGAGAAGUAUGAGCCACACUAUGAUUACUUCCAUGACAAAAACAACCAAGCCCUGGGGGGUCACCGAAUUGCGACUGUACUCAUGUACCUAUCUAAUGUUGAGAAGGGUGGAGAGACCAUCUUCCCCAACGCAGAGGGGAAGUUAACACAACACAAGGAUGAGAUGACAUCUGAGUGUGCUAAAAAUGGAUAUGCAGUAAAGCCCACGAAAGGUGAUGCUCUGCUGUUCUUCAGCCUUCACCCAGAUGCAACAACAGAUCCUGACAGCUUGCAUGGGAGCUGCCCGGUCAUCGAAGGCCAGAAGUGGUCCGCGACGAAAUGGAUCCAUGUGAGGUCGUUCGAGAAGCCUGACAAGCACGGAGGUUCCGGUGAUGGGUGUGUGGAUGAGAAUGUUCUGUGUGCUCAGUGGGCGGCAGUGGGGGAGUGCGCCAAGAAUCCUAACUAUAUGGUGGGCACCAAGGAAGCACCUGGCUUCUGCAGGAAGAGUUGCAACGUAUGCGUACAGUAAGUUACUUAAACCAUCCAUCCACCGCCCUGAUAUGCAAGAUGGCAUGGAUAAAUUAUUGAUCCAGUGCUAAGUCCAGGGUUGGUAUACGUUUGCUCAUGGAUAUCAUGUGUGACCCGGAAUGAAUUGAAAUACAAGAUCUAUCAUAUAUUGUCUUGGAAUA